AUGAAGCAGAAGAAAGGAAAAGAGGGAAUGGUAAAGGAUGACACGCUGCCGGCAUGGGGUGAUGUUAGUGCUGCAGCAACAUCACCAUUUGGCGGAGAGGAAAGUCUCACGAAGAGUAAAAAGAAGAAGAAAGCAAAAGGAAGUGGCUUGGUCGAUGCAAGUCGUAUUAGUACUACUGCUGGUAUAACAGGUGCAGGACGAGGUGGCACCAAAAAAACCGAUUCGGAGAGCGAGGAAGACGUGGAUCAUGAGGAAGAUGAAGAAGAGGAAGAGGAGGAGGAAGAAGAUGGAGGAAAAGCAGCUGGUCUUUUUCUGGAUCUGAAGAAAAAAAUGGGAGGUGGAGCUAUUUUUCCGGAAGGAAGCAGGAAAAAAGGUGAUCUACCAACAACAGACUUCAAGAAAACGAAAAGAGAACUACUUGCAGAAGAAGGAAAGCAAAGCGCUAGUGAUGAAGGAGGAGGAGGAGGGGGAGGAGGGGAAGAAGAAGAUACUACUAAUGAACAACUUGGAGAGAUAGAACUGCUUGCAGAGAAGUGGUUAGCAAGGAGAAAAGAAAGACUCGCUGCACGGAAAGGAGGAAUUGGUACUAUCGCUGCUGCUGCUGCAGCACGCGAUGGUCUCUUUGGAGAUGAAGACGAAGAAGAACGAACUCUUACUCUAAUUGAAAGUGUCGUGGAGACAGACAAGCGACUCUCGCAUCUCUUACGCAGGGAGAUCGACGCCACAGCAGAAGAAGCAGAGGAAGUGCGCGAGCUGCGAGUUCUCUUAGAGAAAGAACUAGUACGAGAGAAGAAGGAGCUUGCUCUUCAGAUUGACAGAAAAAGGGAGUACGAAAUGCUACUCGAAGAGGAGAAAUUGAAACUAGAACAAUUGAAAAGGCGUCGUUCUCAGGUGGAGCUGCAACGCGUUAGCGUGCAACGAGAUCUUUCUCAUUAUAUGGAGGAGAUCUUAUUUUUGAAGCAGCAAACAGAAGACAUGCAGAAAGAUAUCGACGUGCUGCAGCAAGCGAAUCAGACACUUGUAGCCGCCGUCAAACAGCAGGUGCUCCAGGGGCAAAACCUUCACGCCGCUCGUGUACAAGCAUUUGAGGAUCUACAUGAUGAGCAGGAGGCUUUGCAGAAGACGGAACGAGAGAUAGCUGAACUAAAGACACUCCUGCAGCGCAUGCGUCGUGAGAAGGCGGACGCACAGUCCAAAAACGCUGCUUUACACGAACGACUUCGGCAG